AUGGAAUGUGCCAACUGCGAACUCAGGCAACGGCAGCUCUACUGCGAGAACUGCAUAAACUCUCAUAUCCGUGAUGUCCGUCUUCAAAUCACUCGUGUCGCCUCCGACCGUGACGAUCAUGUCCACAAAGCAUCCUCUUCCUCGGAGUCGGUAGCACCCAACCGACUUAGAAGAGCUGAUUUGGCGACCGGGAGUGAGAGGCUGGAGGAUGUCAAGGAGGCGUUGGCUAGACUAAGGCGGGAGAACGACAAGAGUCGUGCACGCUUACGUUCACUUCGAGAAUCCCUCGCCACCCGUCGUCGCACUCUAUCCCAGGCCCGUCUACUAUCGCUCACAUCUACAUCGAGUGCAACACAUCAAUCGAACCCGACAUCUCCUUCAUCUACACCGGUACCUUCAAAUACAGUUCUCGAUGCCCAGAUAUCCCGAGAAUUGCAACAGCUUUCCCUGCUCUCCGAUACCCUAGCACGCGCCCGUUCUGGAUUAGUUUCUGAAUUAGUGGAAGUAUUCAAUAUCGUGGAGGUAGGAGGGAGGCCUCCGAUUGGAAGGAAGGCUGGCAUCAAGGGAGAGUGGACGAUCGAGGGGUUGGUGUUACCCGUGCCAGGCGAUAUUCGACGAUAUCCGCCUGACCACGUCAACGCAGUCAUAACCCACACUAUUCAUUUUCUUGGACUUCUGACAUUUUACCUGGGCAUCAAGCUUCCGUUCGAAACGAGUUGGAGCGGGAAGAAGUUAGGCGUAGGGCAGCCGUGGAUCCGGAGCAUCAAGGGGACGGAAAACGGGAGUUGGGCAAAAUGGACCUCGAAACACUGCCUCCACGUCUCCACAACCUCCCCAGCCACGCCCCGCCCAUCCACCCCACCUCCCACAAAUCUAUCCACACCUCCACCCCCAUCCACCUCCACUUCCACCUCCACCUCUCCCCCCUCUUCGACAACCUCCCCAACCCACCCCUUCAACGCCGCCGCCGCCGCCGCAUCAUCAUCUACGUCCGCCCACGGAUCAUUCACGACGGCGUACACGAUGUUGCUAUACGACGUCGCCUAUCUCGCAUGGACACAGGGCGUAGACGUAGGACUGAGUCAAGCCGGGGAAGUGUUAGCGAACCUCGUCAGGGUAUGUGGGGCGGGCGAUGUCGGGAGACGUUCGCACGCGACGUUUUCGAGGCCUCCGCUCGGUCAACCUACCCCGCCCUCAUUCCCACUCGAUUUCGCGCAGUUAUUGCAGGUUCAAGCC